CUACAAUCUAAAUUAAUUAGAAAAAUUGAUUCAUAUUGACAUAAAUUUUAAUUUUUCAUUUGAAUAACUAAUAACACUACACCUCUAAACAUCAAUACUAGGUCCACAUAACACUAUACAAGUAAUUUCCUUCCCCCAACACCAUGGGCCCCAUAGUUGAGUGCAAAUUAUACUCAUUUGGUCUCCAACUUAUAAAAUUUUAGAUGCAUAAUCUUACAACUAGCAAAAAAUAUCAAAAAAAAAAAAACAUAACACCCUAUUAAAAACAUCAAACAAACACACCUUUCAUUAUACUCUUCACUCCAUCUUCAAAACUCCAAAAAACACAAUGAACUCAUUUGAAGAACCAAAAACACCCAACAAUGUCAAAAACCAAAAAAACACCAUUUUCACAACACCAAAAUGGCCAUCUUCUAGAAGAACUCACUCACUUUCUUCUACUUCUUCUUCGAUCUCUUCAAAUUCAUCUUCUUCCUUAAAAUCUUUCUCCAAUGAAGAUUCUCCACCUCCAAGCCCACCUCAAAGAAUCCCAUUUUCUUGGGAAACAAUCCCAGGAAUCCCAAAACAUCAAAUUAUCAAAAGAAUUGAUUCUUUAAGGAAAUCAGAUUAUCUUCCUUUACCUCCACCUAUGAAAUCUAAUCACAAAAAAAAUCAUAUGAUUAGUAGAAAAGAUCCUUUCUUUGCUGCAUUAGUCGAAUGUUCGAAAGACGACGACAACGACGACGACAAUGAUAAUAAGGAUGUAUUUGGGAGCAUUUGGAAAGGUCCUGCUAAGAGUUUAAGCCAUAGAUUUGGGUUUGUGAAUUUAUCUUGUAAAAAUACUUGCUCUGUUUCUGAGUCUCUUGUUUUUCUUCCAAAAGAACAGCCUAGGAGGAUUUCUUAUGGUUUGGUAAAAAAACGGUCACGGUAAAAAAAAUAACUACUUUUUUUUGGGGGAAUAAAUUAAUAAUCAUAUGAUCAUAGGGACAAAAGGGUAAUUUUACUACUAUUACUAUUUUGUUACCCUAGGUUAUUGUUUAAUUUGCAUGGUUUUUUUUUUUUUUUGCUUAAAUCUGAGUUUAAAAGAACUCUUUUGUAUUAAGAUGUGUGAAAAAUGAGAAUUGAAAUUUGAAAAUUGCAUUGUAUAUAUUACUUAUAUUAAUAGGAGUAUCUUUAUCAAUC